AUGACGUGGUCCGGUUUCGAUGUUAGCGAACAACAACCAAUCAUAUCGCAGAAAAACCCGGAAAUUCCUACAGCGUCAGAAAGAGCGCCUGUAUUGAAUUUGAAAAAGACGAGCAGCAGCACUGAUCACAGAUCAGCACACUCAGCUGGACAGUCAUGAGUUUUUCUCCAGAUCCGAGCACUCCCAUGGGCAUCCGCAACAUUCAGGAUCAGCGCGAUCGCUGGGAGAGGAAGAGGAACCGCGUAGCCCGCGAGCUGGUCCAGAGCGAACAGAGAUACUGCGAUCAGCUGGAUCUAGUCGUCACGUACUUUGUGGAGAUCUUGAAGGCCAAAGGAACCCUCCGGCAGGACAUUAGAGAAAGCAUCUUCAGUUCAAUUAAAUCCAUUCAUUUAAUAAACCAGUCACUGCUCGCUGAUGUAGAACAGGGGAGGUUCGGUUUGGGGUUCGAAGAAUUUUGCAAUCACCUCCAGCUGUACAAUAUGUAUGUUGACAACAUUCAGACAGCCAAAAAAGUUCUGAUGGUUCAGCUGAAGAAGAGCAAAGCCUUCAGACGAUUUAAGAAGCUUCAGGAAUCAAGGCCUGAGUUCCAACAGCAGAAACUGGAGGACCUUCUUCCACUUCCCCUUCAGCGCAUCCAACAGUACAAACAUUUCUUGAGGGACCUGACGGAGAACACAAGUCCAGGCAACCUGGAGUUUCAACAGCUUUCAAAGGCAGUAAAAGCCGUGUCAGAGGUCGCCCAGCGGAUCCAGGACAACGCUCACAGACACGAGAACCACCUGCAGCUGCGUAGAGUCCAGAAACAGCUGAAGGGCCGAAAGACCAGAAUCCUGGUUCCAGGGAGGUGGUACAUCCGGGAAGGCUGGUUGAAGACAGUGCCAACUAAAGGUACGGAGGCCAAGCCCAAAAUGUUCUUCCUGUUUUCCGACAUCCUGCUCCAAGCCAAACCGUACAGUCCUUUACACCCAACCAACGCGGGGAAGUUUGCCUGCCAGCGAGUCUACCCAUUGAAGGAGUGCACUGCCGACAAAGUUUUUGGCCACACUAAAAGCCAAGGGGGACUUAUCAGUUUGACUUUUGCCAGAGCCAAACUGCUGCUGAUGUCGGACGACCAGGAGGAUAUUAAUGAUUGGUACCGUAGUAUUUGCUUGGCCAUUGGGCAGCUGAAAUCAAAGAGCACGGUGGUGCAUAGACGAGAUGAACUCAGAAGACCACCCAUCAGAUCAGAUCCUGACAGCCAAAACACUCCAGAUCUCCGACAAACUCGUGCAAUGAAAAGAACCAUGAUGCUGAAUGAAGAUGCGAAGGGACGUAGUGAGGGCCACGUCAGCAGCCCCGCAGCAUUUGCCGAGGAGAACGACCACAGCGCCAUCAAGAGGAUGAAACACAACGAUGCGCCGCCUGAGAGACCUCAGGAGUCUGCAGGCUCAAGCUGUGUCAUUUUGUGAGGAGCUUCAAAGUGUGAGAAAUCUGAAAGAUCCAGCAGUGAGGAGAAACAUCCCAGAGGUGAUUUGGGGUAGAGGAAUGCAAUGCACAUCCACUCCACAGCAUUUGAACAAAUGCUUGUUUUUACACCAAAGAAUUUGGUUUAUUAAAUAUUUGGAUAUUUUAAUCAUAUUUGAUGUUCACAAGUUUUUUGUACUGUGAUGUUUUAAGGUUUAGGCUAUGCAGAAUGCAAAUUGACGAUGGCUGAUAUCUAAUAGUCAUAACAUAACACCCACACUGUAAAAAAAAAACAUUUUGCACUUCAAUUAAUCAACUUAAAUUUACAAGUCAUUUCAACUUAAAAUUUUUAUCUUGACUAGUGAUGAGUUGCUAUAACAUAAAGUAAGUUAAACUAAUUCAACUUUUAAGUUAUACCAACUCAUCACUAGCAACUUAUUUUACAUUAUGUGCAAAAUAUUUUUUACAUUGCAUAUAUUAUAUCAUGUAUUAUGUUUAUACACUGAAAAAAUGAUUCAUUGAAUUUAAUCGAUUU